ACCCUCGUGUCUCGUGGACUGCAAAUCGCUAUCCGGCAGUUCGGCAGGGAGUAUUAUUGAAUCGAGAUUCAGGAUGCGGCACAACAUGGUGGCCUACCUGUACUGCCUGGUCAGGGAUCUGUACGCCGAGCACGGAGAUCCCCGAGUGGCGCACUUGCCCCUGCUGGGCAAUCUGUGGAUCGUGCUGGCCAUUGUGGCGCUGUAUGUGGCCUUUGUGCUCCACUACGGACCGCGUUGGAUGGAGCACCGUGCUCCCUUCGAGCUGAAACGGGUGAUGCAGGUGUACAAUGUGGUGCAGGUGCUGGCCAAUGCCACGAUAUUCGUCAUUGGCCUGAGCAACACGUACCUUCAGCCGGGAUACAGUUGGACCUGCCAGCCAGUGGAUCACAAGGACAGAUCGCCGGCUAUGAUGAAGACAUUGUACGCAUCGUAUGCGUACUAUAUGCUCAAGUAUCUGGAUCUGCUCGACACGGUAUUCAUAGUGCUGCGCAAGAAGAACUCGCAGGUGAGCUUCCUGCACGUGUACCACCAUGGCGGCAUGGUCUUCGGCGUGUCCAUCUUCAUGACCUUCCUGGGCGGAUCGCACUGCACCAUGCUGGGGGUAAUCAAUCUCCUGGUGCACACGGUGAUGUAUGCCUACUACUAUGCCGCCUCAUUAGGCGCGGUGAAGAAUCUUUUGUGGUGGAAGCAGCGGAUUACACAGCUGCAGCUGAUGCAGUUUGGCUACCUCACCUUUCAUUUCCUGAUGGUUAUUGUCCGGAAUCCGUGCCAGUUUCCCGUGUUCAUCGCCUUCAUCGGCUUCAUCCAGAACAUCUUUAUGUUCUCCAUGUUCUUCGACUUCUACUACAAGACCUACAUACGCAAACAGCGCAAAUCGGCGGAGCCCAAGCUGAAAGCCAGCUGAGCUGUACUGCCGUUGAAAAUGAGGUUCAAGUUCGCGCCGCGUCAUUUCCAUAUUAAAUUGUGUAAUAAGCUGGUCGGUCGCUUAUGCAAAUGGGCACCGAUCGAACCCAAAAUGCCUGGUAUAAAUAAACAUUUCGGAUUGUUUCCCAACCCCUCCGUUUCAUCGCCACAAAA